AGGCCAACCUGCGCACCCCAUUUCCUGUCAUGGAAAGCGUUCCAUUUAGCUAGCGUGUUUCAGGAUAUGCGUUGUGUGUACACUGAAGCAGCAAGCAAGCAAGCAAGCCUGCAGUGUUCUCCAUCCAAGAUGGCUGCCGGUGGGAACAGUAACCGAGCGCCAUGCCUAAAUUUCCCAAACUGCGGACCACUGGGCAAUGCUCAGGCGAGCAACAGUGCCCACUCGUCGUCCACAAACAACGGGGGUUCGAUGGGAGCGACUGAAGGUGCGCCUAGAGCAGCGGGGAAUGCAAACACUCAAUCAGGCCCUGACGCCAGUGGAGGCGCCGAUGUUGCAGUUCGAGCCUCCCCGAGUACACAGAACGCGAGGCGGCAGUCAGCCAGUCAAAACGCCAUGGCUGCACUUGCGCCAGCUGCCGCUGGAGGAACACCAGCCACUGCAUCAAAUAUGACGGCUACCUCAGCCGCAACUGCGUCUUCUGUGGAACCAUCCGCAAGUUUGUCAUCGGUUCUGAACAGUACGGCAUCAUCCGCGUCCGUUCUAGUGUAUCGUGAGCCUGUUUACAAUUGGCAGGCCACGAAAAGCACGGUCAAGGAAAGGUUUGCAUUCUUGUUCAACAACGAGGUCCUCAGUGACGUCCAUUUUUUGGUCGGAAAAGGAAUGGGAGUGCAGCGAAUACCAGCGCACAGAUUUGCUCUCGCCGUGGGAAGUGCAGUGUUUGAUGCCAUGUUCAACGGAGGCAUGGCCACCACCUCGACAGAGAUUGAGCUCCCUGACGUGGAGCCCGCAGCGUUCCUCGCCCUGCUCAAGUUCCUGUAUUCGGAUGAGGUGCAAAUAGGGCCAGAGACUGUGAUGACAACCCUGUACACGGCCAAGAAGUAUGCAGUGCCCGCGCUGGAGGCGCACUGUGUGGAGUUUCUCAAAAAGAACCUGCGGGCAGACAAUGCGUUCAUGUUACUAACACAGGCCCGACUCUUUGACGAGCCCCAGCUGGCCAGCUUGUGCCUGGAGAACAUAGACAAGAAUACUGCGGAUGCUCUGGCUGCCGAAGGCUUUACUGACAUCGACCUCGAUACCCUGGUGGCGGUGUUGGAGCGGGACACGCUGGGGGUGCGAGAGGUGCGUCUGUUUGCGGCCGCCGUGCGCUGGGCAGAGGCCGAAGCGCAGCGGCAGCAGUUCCAGCCCACCCCAGAAAACAGGCGCCGCUGCCUGGGCAAAGCCCUCUCCCUCAUCCGCUUUCCCCUCAUGACCAUAGAGGAGUUCGCAGCAGGUCCUGCUCAGUCGGGCAUCCUGACGGACCGGGAGGUGGUCAGCUUGUUCCUGCACUUCACAGUGAACCCCAAGCCGCACGUGGACUUCAUCGACCGGCCGCGCUGCUGCCUGCGGGGCAAGGAGUGCAGCAUCACGCGCUUCGGCCAGGUGGAGAGCCGCUGGGGAUACAGCGGGACUAGCGAUCGCAUCAGGUUCUCAGUGAAUCGCAGAAUAUUUGUUGUGGGAUUUGGCCUGUAUGGCUCCAUACACGGCCCCACUGAUUACCAAGUGAACAUUCAGAUCAUUCACACAGACAGCAACACGGUGCUUGGCCAAAAUGACACUGGCUUCAGCUGCGACGGGUCAGCCAGCACCUUCCGUGUCAUGUUUAAGGAGCCAGUGGAGAUCCUGCCUAGUGUCAACUACAUCGCCUGUGCCACCCUCAAGGGCCCAGACUCACACUACGGAACCAAAGGCAUGCGUAAAGUCACCCACGAAGCGCCGGCCACCGGCACCAAGACCUGCUUCACCUUCUGCUACGCGGCAGGCAACAACAAUGGAACAUCGGUGGAAGAUGGACAGAUCCCGGAGGUCAUCUUUUAUACAUAAUGUCGGAUCUACCCUUUUGUUAAGGAGUAAAACAGUCCAUUCACCAUCACUACGCUAAUUCGAUGCACUUCAGGCCUCCCAGGAGAGAGAAUAAGCGACCAAAACAGCAUUUUUGUCUUUCUUUCGUACUGUAUUGAUUCUUCUCACACUCCCCAACAUCUUGCAGAGCAUGAUUUGAAGUCCAUUUGAAUACAGGUGCUGUGGUUCACAACAGGCCCAGAGUCUUCGCUGGUGGAGGCACUACCAGUGAUUGUUCAGGAAAAGGAGACGUGUUAUGUAUGAACAGAACAGAUGAAGGUAAAUCCCAUAGCUUAGGAUAUAAGGCGGCAGGAAUAUUUUGUUAGUUAAGGCUAAAAAGCUGUUAAGGCCUUGAGUUUCAGUUGUAAUACAUGAAGUACUAUGAAUGAUAGCACUUCCAAGUCCAAAACUCUUAUCCUGAAGUCAGUUUCCAGUCACUACUUUAAGUCAAUGUUCCAGUUUCAUUAGCCGCACUGAAGCACUUUUGGGGCUAGUCCAAGUCAACUAGCCAUGCAUGUUAAGGCAUAUGAUGCAGAAAAAUCAAUAAACCAUGACCAGAAAUUUUCAUCCAGCUGUUUGCAUUCGAAGUGGACUGUUGCAUACCUCUCCGAAAUACCCUGCAUCAGGAAUGUUGAGAUACAGGACAAAUCUUUCUCAGAUCAGGAUUUCGUGGGCCAUUUUUGCUGAUGGUUGUUUGCACAGAACGUCUUGAACCAUAUCAUUUUGGCAAUGCAACUGUUGUGCUAACUCAACUGUACUUGACUCACUCGCUCUGUUUGACCUACUGUGUACUGAGCUUGUUGAUUGUGUAAUUUCAAGGGUGAACUAUUACGAAUGGGUGGGGGCUGGUGAUGUCAGGAAACUGAAUGUACUAUUACCUAUUUGCCAAUGUAUGUGUUACUGGUACUUUUUACAUUUUAAAUUCUGUUCUGUGUAAGCAUCUGUAAAUACAAUUUGCAUAUAUGGGAGUCCAAAACUACCAAAGUAAUACUAUAUAGAACAUAUUUCCUUGGAUCACAUCUAGUGGAAUUCCAUAUUUGUACACUUUCAUUUUAAAUCCAUGCGAUCUACAUUAAGUAAAUACAUAUGAAAA